AUACGAUUUUUGGUUUAAUAAAUCAGCCCAUCUUCAUCUUCUUCGCCAUUCUCCUUUACAGAACCAGACUGGCGAAACCCUAGCCUCCCUCCUUCCAAUUCCAUUUUCGAUUUUUUCUCAACAAUCUCAUCACCAAAUUUCACCAAAUUUCAUCAAUUUCAAAAAGUGAAGAUGCCAAGGACCAAGAAAGUUGCCUCGCGACAAGAAUCAACGGCGGCGGAAGAAGGGGAACGUCCAUGGCGUAAAGAAGGAACGAAAUACUUCCACAUUCAAACCGGGCUUGACUUCAUGACGGGAGCAUCAGUCGAGAGGUUCGACAACAACUUUCUCACGAAGGAGAUCGUCUCACCGAAGAUUGUGGACAAGGACCUCUUCAAAUCGGCGACCUAUGCCCCGAGUAAGUCUCUUUUCGCUCAGCAAGACUUGCUUCGUUUCAUUCACUUGACGUAUGAAUUUUUUUGUCCAAAUCUUAUACGUCAAUUUUAUGCUAAUCUUCGUACCACUAAGGGAGACUCGCCAUCUCUCGUUUCCUAUGUUGAUGGCAAAAACAUUGAAAUUGAUGGUGCCGGUUUGACCUCUCUUUUUGGCCUUCGUCGAGGUGAAAUUACCGAAAACUUGGAUGAAACAUUCCAAGAUGAGGCAAUUUGGCGACAACUCGGGUUAGAUCAUCGUGACCUCAAGUUUAGAAACUCUAGCAACCUGAGUGUCAUUAACCUCACUUUGAUUCAACGCGUUCAACAAUACAUCUUCUCCUAUGUUUUGUUGCCCCGUGAUUCGAACCAUAGUGUUGUUAACAAAGACGAUAUUCGUUUGUUUCACGUCCUGUUGAACAAUGUCAAUUUUGACUGGGUUCACUUCUUUGACGUUGCACUUAGUGAUGGUACUCGUUUCUCCCUUCUCCGUUUUGCCAUCCCGAUCAUGCAUAUCCUUGCUCAUAGCAAAGUGGAUUUUACUCAGGACACUCAGGUGCCGGUGAAGAAGACUUGCUUCAUCAUGGAAGCCAAGUUUACCCGGAGUGUCUACCGCGAGGAAACCGAGCAAAAUCUGGAACUGGUCAUACCAGACGAAGUGGAGAGAGAGACCGAAGCUGAGUCAUCUCAGGCCGGAGGGAGUCGAACCAUGGAGCGUGUCACUCGUCAACGCAGGACUCGUUCGAGAGAAGGAGCACCAGAACCUUCUUGGGUGAAGAGGAUAUUUGAUACUCUCACCUGUAUCCGACAUGACGUUCGCCAGCUCAACGAGAGGAUGACUCGUAUCGAGCAAUCCCGCUCCUACCGUGGCCCGCGUCACAGCUUUAGCAGAUGAGCUUGUCCGGCGAACUCUCUUUGAUUAUAUUCCCUUCUGUCUUGACUUAUUAUGAUACAUUGUUAUUUUCUAUUGUUAUUAUAACUCUUUUUGGUGGAUGAUGAUAUUGCUUUGGAUUUUGCUAAUUAUUAUUGAUAUUUGUUUGUUGGCUUGGCAAUAUGGUUCUCUUUUAGAACAUAUUGUCCCUUUGUGGCUUUCUUGUUAGUUGUUCUCUUUUUUAAAGAAACUCUUGCAAAAAUU